AUGCUGCUGUAUGCCAUCCACAGAGAUGCCUGGCUGGCUGAGUCCUCCUCCGACCCCAUGGACUCCUUUCAGUGCAACGUCCAGCAGCUGUUGGUGGUUAAAGAAGAGGUUCCACCCUCCAGUGUGGACCAGGAGGACCCAGAGCCCCCACACAUUAAAGAGGAGCAGGAGGAGCUGUGGAGCAGUCAGGAGGGAGAGCAGCUUCAAGGUCUGGAGGAGGCUGAUAUCACCAAGUUCCCAUUCACUCCUGUCCCUGUGAAGAGUGAAGAUGAUGAAGAGAAACCUCAGUCCUCACAGCUUCAUCAAAGACUAACUGAACAGAUGGAAACAGAAGCUGAUGGAGAGGACUGUGGAGGACCAGAACCACUCAGGAACUCACAAUCAGAUGGGUACGUAAAGCCGGUCAGUGAAGACGAAUCUCUGGACUCUUUUCAGAUUGAAGUCAGUAUUGAUGAUUGGGAGGAGACCAGAGAACCUCUGUCAAGUUCAAACUCUGAGAAAAAUGAUGGAGUCCUUGUCAGUGAUAAGAAACAUAGGACUGGAAAGGAACCAUUUAGCUGCUCUGAAAUUCAUGCAGGAGAAAAACCAUUCAGUUGCUCAGUUUGUGGUAAAACUUUUAAUGAACGUUGGAAUCUAAAGAAUCACAUGAGAACUCAUACAGGAGAGAAACCAUUUUCUUGCACAGUGUGUGGGAAAGCUUUCAGUGAAAGUGGAAAACUGAAGGCACACAGUAGAACUCAUACAGGAGAGAGACCAUUUAGUUGCACAGUGUGUGGUAAAGCUUUUCAUGAAUGUGGGAAUCUAAAGAAUCACAUAAGAACUCAUACAGGAGAGAAACCAUACAGCUGUUCAGUUUGUCAGAAGUCUUACGCACACAGUGGUGGUUUAUACACACACAUGAAAUCCCACAAAAGAGACAACAGCUUCAGCUGCAGUGUUUGUGACCAAAGAUUCACUUUGUAUGAACGUCUCAGAGACCAUCAGUGUGUCGGUGGUCAGUCCUCACAGCUUCAUCAGACUCAAACUGAGGAGAACAGGGAGGCAGAGCCUCCAGCCAGCAGCUCAACUCAACACAUGGAAACAGAAGCUGAUGGAGAGGACUGUGGAGGACCAGAACCAGCCAGGAACUCACAUCCAGAUACUGAUGAUGACCGAUGUUUUUUCUGAACUUGUCUGAGCUCCUCACCAUGUUUCUUAGGCUCAGCUCAGACAUCCUACAGAGGAAAGUCAUUUUAACCUCUUCUACCAACAAUCUGAUUGAUUUGGUCACUACCUAAAGCUCAUGACCAAAGAGAUGAAAUAUCCUGACGUCCCUGAACUGGUCCCCUCUACACACACUCUUGUUCCCUUUGUAAAAUGGGAACCACCACCUCAGUCUGCCACUUCACUGGCACUGUACCCGACCUCCAGGCGACCCUGAAAGUGAUGUCAACCAAGACAUCCCAACAAUGUCCAGAGCUUUCAGCA